AUGAACUCAACGUUCACAGCAAAUGUACCAUUUCAUUACGAUGAAGUUACGCACAAGUGGUGCAACAUCAAGUCAUAUUUCAGUUCAGAGAAGCAGAGGAUGGACAAGGCAAAGAGAAGCGGUGCCGGCGGAGACGAAAACGUACAGACCAGCUGGAAGUUCUAUGAAGCUUUGAAAUUCCUACAACAUGUGAAUGAGCAUACACCAUCAGUGAAUAAUUUUAAUAAGUGGAGUUUGCAGAACCUGGACCCUGAUCCCAAUCCAUCGCGUAAGCUUGGGGAGCAACUGCAGCCUGCAGAAUGUUUCGAUCCAGGCUUUGACUCAGAGUCAUCCUUUUCACUCAUCGAAGACAACACAGAGUUCAUUACAAUUACCCCUCUUGCAAUUACAAGUAACAGCAGUAUCCAGUCGCUCGCAAGAUACUAA